AUGAACUCCGCGGCCACCCUCGCUCUUCUUGCCUCUUGUCUCCUCAUUGCCUCAGUCAACUGCGGGGGUUACGGAGGCUAUGGGGGAUAUGGAGGCUACGGACACGGUCACUAUCACGUAUCCCAUGCUAAAGUAGCAAAGGUGCACUACGUCAAGACUCCGAUCGUUUCCACGCAUUACGUCAAGAAGCCCGUUGUCAGCUACGUCCACAAACCAGUGAAGUCUAUCCAUUACGUGUCGAAACCAGUUGUCUCGCUCCACUCGGUCCCCGUGAUCAGCAAAGGAUACGGUCAUGGAUGGUAG